AUGAGGAACAACACGGUGGUGACCGAGUACAUUUCGCAGAAGGCCUUGAUGUAUGAGCCCACCCAGGAGGAAAUUAAAUUUCAGCACAAGAAUCAGCUGAAAAGCCUGAGGUACAUUUUCUGUGGCAAAGAACUGGACGAUUUCGAAAAGGAGAAAAUACAGGAGCUAAAGGACCUCGUGAACAAUUUAAAAAAAAAAGAGAAAGAAGGACAAGGGGGAGAGACCUACGAGUCCGCUUUCAAGAGCACCAUUUUUGCAGAUGACAAUUAUGUGCUCCGUUUCCUGCAAGGAAACGAAUUUAAUUUUGAAAAGUGUUACUAUGACAUGCUGAGGCACCUGGAGUGGCGGGAUGAGAACCUUCCGGUGAAGUACGAAGAUGUGGAGGACAUGUUGAAAAAGGGAUACAUUUACGUGCACGGGCGGGACAAACAAAUGCACCCCAUAAUUAUUAUCAACUGCAAAAACUUCAUUUCUGCGAGUGCGAAGGACGUUUUGAAGGUGGCCUACUACUGGAUGGAAUUCAUCAUUUCGGAGCUCUUCAUCGAAGGGAAAAUCGAGCAGUGGAGGGUCAUAAUUGACUUGUCCUCCUGUGGAGUUUUGAACAUCCCCAUCGGGACGUUGAAGGACAUUUCCAAGUGCCUCAGCUGCAAUUACCGAUCGAGGCUUUCCAAAAUGCUAGUCCUUAGCGCCCCCCUCUUUGUGACGGGCAUGUGGCACAUGCUCAAAUCAAUCAUCCCGGUCGUGACGCAGCAGAAGAUAACAAUCUCGUCAGCGGAGAUAGACAAAAGGCUCCUGGAGCAAGUGGACCUGGACCAAUUAGAGAAAAAAUUCGGAGGAACCUGCGAAAACGUAACCGUCUUCACCAAGCCAAUCAUGCCAUAAACCCACUUUGUUACCCCCCCCUUUUUUCUUCCCUUGGGUCAUUUAAAUUUUAAGCAUUUUUUUUUUUUUUUUUUUUUUUAAAUAUUUUAAAAAGUGCCUUUCACAAAAUGUUCGGCAUAUUUUUUUCGCGACAGCUGCGUCGACUUUUCCCCUUUCAUUUGCCUCCCUCCACGUCCACGUGUUUAUAGCAGUGCACACAUGCGCGGCUUCGUAGCUUCCCAUUGUUCGCCUGCCUUUUCCCUCGCGUUGCGUCUUUUUGCCCCCCCUGAUCAGUUACACUCGUUUCCCCAUUUGAGCAGUUUCACUCGUUGCCCCAUUUGAGCAGUUUCGCUCGUUGCC